UUCAUUAUAGAAAUCUUAAACAGGCAUUAGAGAACGGUUUAAUUUUAACAAAGAUACACAGAGUGUUGAAAUUUAAACAAUCUGCGUGGCUGCGACCAUAUAUUGAGUUAAACACCAACUUACGAACAGCAGCCACAAGUAGCUUCGAAAAAAAUCUCUUUAAAUUAAUGAAUAAUGCUGUGUUCGGUAAGACAAUGGAGAACAUAAGACGUCAUCGUAUCGUAAAAUUAUGUAAAAAAUGGCAUGGAAGGUACGGAGCCAAAAAUUUGAUUGCAAGUAGUCGAUUUCAUAGUCGAACGAUCUUUCAUGAGAAUUUGGUGGCUAUCGAACUGAAAAAAUCAGAAGUAUGCUUUAAUAAACCCCUGUAUAUAGGCGCAGCAAUCCUUGAUAUAUCCAAAUUAUGUAUGUACGAUUUUCAUUAUAACUUUAUGCUUCCAACGAUGGGAGAAGAAAACUGUUCAUUGCUGUACAUGGACACAGACAGCUUUAUUUAUGAACUGCAAUGUUCAGAUGCAUAUAGAGAGGUUUUAAAAGCAUAUCCAAGCAAAUUCGAUACCUCCGACUACGCCGAAAAUAACCCAUAUGACAUAGAACGAUUAAAUAAAAAAUCCCUGGAUUAAUGAAGGAUGA